AUGAUGGCGCUCCCGCAGGCACGCAGACCCCUGUUCAGCCUUCGCAAGGCGGCCAUGCCUGCGCGGAUAUCACAAGGACCAAGGAGCAGGCGGGAGAGGAAGGAGGUGCGCAUCAACGGCACCAGCAUCCUGCUGCUUUGGUACCGUGACACCAUCUAUGCCCUGGAGGCUCGGUCGCCUGCGGAGGGCGCAUACAGCGAGGGCCUGAUCAAGGCCAAGCUGACGCAGAACUACGGCAUUGAGUGCCCCGCCACCGGCACCGUCUUCUCCCUCAAGGAUGGGUCCAUUCUGGAGUGGUACCCCACCAACCCGGUGCUUCGAGUCCUGACCCCCUCCAACACCUGCCGCCCCCUCCGCAUCUUCCCGGUGCAGCUGAAAGAGGAUGCAAUCUACGUGGACGUAUCCACCGGAGACUCGGGUCCCGGCUGGCGGGCCGCAAAGGGUGGGGCAGAGGUCCCGCUGGCAGACGACGUGUACACCCUCCAACCCAAGUCCUACGUCCAGGAGGAGGGCGACGCAGGGUCAAGGGGCGAUGCAUGGGGCAGCCAGGUGAGCAAGGCUGCCGUGGUCAGUGUCACCGCGCUCGCCACCCUGGCAGUCCUAGUUGUAGGGUGGGCGCUCUUCAGGUACCUCACCGGCGAGUGA